AUGGACUUCAAAACCGGUGAUUUAGUGGAGGUGUGCUCCAAAGAUGAGGGUUUCCAUGGCGCGUUGUACGAGGCCAAGGUCGUCCGCUCAUUGCCAAGGCUCAACCGCUACACCGUGGUCUACGACUCCAUCGUUGAGGAAGCUGACACCUCCAAGCAUCUCAGGGAGACCGUCGAUGCUGCCCAGGUUCGCCCCCGGCCUGUUUGGGCGCGCGAUGGGGCAUUCACCGUGCAUCAGCACGUCGAUGCUUUUUGCAACGAUGGAUGGUGGGAAGGCGUUGUAUCUUGUUUGUUGGGGAGCGUCAGGAGGCCGAAGUAUAGCAUCAGCUUCCCUAUCACCGGCGACGCUAUGGAGUUCCUGCCGUCGGAGCUAAGGCCUCAUUUAGAUUGGGUUAAUGGGGAAUGGGUCAAUCCCCACUCUCAG